AUGUCGAAAAGUUCAAGGCCUCGAAAUUUGAACCAAGUUACGCAAUCGAGAGAAGCGCGUUCACUCAAUUCAAACUCUACCUACGAGUCUGAGCCUGAUCUCACUGUCGACGCUAUGAGCUCAGCGAUAGCUGCAGAGCUUUCCGGAAGCACUGUCGACAAAUCAACACCUGUAUCCAAGGUCUUUGCUUCAUAUAACACGCUUCCAAUCUCCAAAUUCCUUGCGGACUGCAGUCUCUACGAUAACCAGGCUAAAGGAUGGACUCCUCUAAAAAAUGUCACUGGUGUGACGCAGGAAGAAUUACUCUAUACACCUCUGAGCAAAAUAAUUCAGUCAAUUUUUGAUUAUUUUGACAAGGGUGGCCCAAAAUUGAGAUGGAUAGAUGAAACUUACAAAAAACGAAUUACCCAUGUCGAAGACGGGAUAACUAUUCUACAAGUAGGAGCAGAUGGGCAAACAACGCCAGUUAUUCCCCCCAAGUCAUCGCCGGACCUGGCUAUUAUGGGCAGAACAUCGAGAUUUUUUAUGAAUCCUGCCAUUGCCGAGCGCUCCGAAUAUUCACAUUGUCUAGCUCCCCUUGAGGUCAAAUUAGAGGCUACAUUCAAGGCAAACAAGAAGGAAAUCACACAGCAGAUUGGGAUAUAUGCGAGACAGUGUUUCAUCCAGCAACCUCAUCGGCGCUAUGUUCCUGUAGUCGUCUUGACAGAAAAUCAUGCCUAUCUGAAUAUUCAUGACCGUUCAGGAGUGCUUCGCGUCGAUUCGAGCAUCAACUAUCAUACCGAUCCUGUGACUCUGGUUCGGAUUGUCCUUGGUAUCUCUUCCAUUGAACAGGAUCAAAAAAUCUCUGCAUUUGACACGCGAAUCAAGUGGGAGCAUGGUGGGGACUGGCCUCAAAUCACUGUUUCGACCCCAAAAGAGCACGCACGGUCACUGAGAUUGACGACCACUUCGCGUGCCUCCUACGUUUAUCAGGUGGUGGGAACACCUUUCAUUCGUAGAUCUGCUCGUGGCAGAGGCACUGUGUGUUGGAAUGCUGAGCAAGUGAGCCCUCCUCAGCCGAAUGGCACUGUUAGUGCAGUCCUUAUAAAAGAUUCAUGGCGGUCGUCUGGACGCCAAAACGAAUGGGAGCUACUAAAAAUUGUCAAGGGCCUGGCUGGAGUUGGUCAAAUGGUCGCCUAUGAGGAUGAUACCGAAUAUCCAAUAUCCCAAUUCAGAAACCAUGUCGUCAACGGAUUGUAUACCAACAGUCGACCAUAUACCGCCGAUCGUAUUUUUUGCCGAAUCGUCCUUGAAGCUUAUGGACGAUCCAUCAAAUAUUUUCAAACAAAGUUGGAGUUAUUGCACGCAUUCUACGACUCGGUCGCAGGCCACAAAAAUAUUUGGCAGAAAGGAAUUUUGCACCGUGAUAUCAGUCUUGAAAAUAUUCUUUUAGGGAAACCAAACGCGGAACCAGGGAACCGUGGAGUGUUGAUAGACCUGGACAUGGCUAUAAAGGUGGAUCGUGAAACCAAUCUGUCCGGCAGUCAAUUCAGAACGGGAACGCGUGCGUUCCAAUCUGUUGCAGUCCUUAAAAGUGCUGGAUGGGCACAGGCCUCACCAACUGUAAACAUACCGCCGCAGGACCAUCUUGAUGACCUUGAGUCUUUUCUCUACGUGUUAUCAUGGAUAUGCAUGAAGUACAAUGGGCCGGGAAAUUGCAUUGUAGUCCAUCACCUCGAAAAGUGGGAGGACAAUGACCCUGAAAUUUGCGCUACAGCCAAGAGGGACUUUCUUACAGCACCUUUGUCAAAAAUUCAACCAUAUUUCAAGAGUGACGAGGUUUUCCGUAAACUCCUCAAGGGCCUCGCGCGAUUAUGUGAGACGCACGUUAUCGCGAAGUAUGAAGUCGAAGAAGAGAGCGGAAGUUUUCCAGACUUGAAAACUGUGUAUGCAUCGGAAAACGGAUCUUCAGGAAAAGACCAUGAUAAAUUUUUGGAAAUCAUCAAGGCCGCCAUAGUAGCACUGGAACAGCUUCCUCCUGAACGCGUGCUUUCCCCGUCCAGUGACGCUGCUCCUAUUGAAGGUCCUGCCAACGAACGCAACGAUAUCGUACCAGCACGUUCAACGCUAUCUAAAAAUCGGGAUGCCUCCACUUCCACUUCCAACCUUGACGCAUCUCUUCAUGGUGGAGAGAAGAAACGAAAGAUAGUUGAGUCUCAUUUGGACGAACAAGGCGAUAAGAAGCGAUCCAGAGGUAGCCAUGAGGCGUCUGCUUCCCGGACCACGCGUCGAACAACUACGCAGCAGCAACAAGUCCGCCGUUCCUAG